AUGGCUACCUACUUCGGCCAAGGGGCGUCUUACGAUUCCCUGCAAAACCAAUUUCGGAAAUACCGUCGGAUGGCAGACACGAUGAAAGGUUCUACAGAACAGGCAGCCCCCUUCACUCCAAACCGCCGGAGGAACGGGGGGGUUCCGACGACUCCACGCAGUGGCAGAGUUACGAAGUCGACAUCUGCCAAAAAAUCGACAAAUUUUAUGAAAGCUAGCCUUGAGACACCAACCAAAGCGGGAAUCGUUACAAAGAAAAACAACAUAGAUGAUCCCAUUAUUCUUGAUGAUGAUGAAGACGAAGAUAUCCCCACCAUCAAGCACGAAAACAGCAACAUGACUACAGCUGUAAAGGAGGAGAUAAAGCCUGAAUCCGUCGUCCACAUGGCAGAUAUGUUUUCUGCACUUGCCCAUCAUGGAGUUGAAACACCCAAACGCGAACCUACUGCACAUACCGAAGACUCGGAGACCCAAUAUGCCCAACCGCAGCUCCUGCCUAACUCUACACUAGGACAUUUCGCUAUGCCACAACCUAAUCAUCUACCAUCGUACAACAAUGACUCGGAUGAUGACAUUAUUGUUUGA